UUUCCUUUUUUUUGUGACAGCCUUUGGCAGCCUGAUGACACGUUCAGCACUGUUCCAUUACUUCCCGGCGCCUGCUGCUCUGUCUUCACCACAUCGUUUGGCCACGGUCUCGGCUUAACCACACAAUUGAAAUGCCCCGAACACCACUGGAUGUGUUUAGUGACCUCUUGCCGCGACAAACAGGGGCCCCUUUUUUGCCACCCCAGCACGCCCGCGACAAUCAACAAUCCCUUCAGCGGCUAGCGCCAGGACAGGCCACUGCAAUCGAACCUUGGCGUGCUCCGUACGGGAUGCCACUACCCUACUUUACACUGUUGUACGUGCGUCUGCAUACGGUACGCGACUGUACAGUGCGAAAACUGGCGCGAUCCGUGUCUCCCCUUUGCAGGCGAGCGCGCAUGUGUGUGUGUGUGUGUUGGUAGUGUACGAGACAGAGAGAGAGAGAGAGAGAGAGAGAAGCUACACACUCUUGAAUUUUCUCAUCACGGCGCUUCGCUUUGUGUGUGUGUGGGAAAUUCGGGAAAAAUCCCUAUACACCACUGAAUGAGCGCGUGUGUGCGUGAUGAGUUCCUGUGCCAUAUCUCCUGAGCGAGCCUAUGCACUACACAUACAUACACACAUACACACACACAUAUGGGGUGUGUAGUAACGCGUACGCUUCAUGGGUGCGUUUUCCACCCACCACCCUGGUGGAGUGCGCGCGCACGAAAAAUUUUACCACACAUCUCGCUCACGCGACCACUCACCGUCACUCACUGAGACGGACGUGUCCUGCGAGUAGCUGCUUUUGUUUGUUUUUUUUUUUUUUAUAUUUGUUUUUGUUUCAAACAUCCGUCUUUGUAUUCCAUCUUCUUCUGCUUUUUCUUAUUCUUUUAAAACACACCCUUUGACCCUGAGUAAUAUGUUUGUAUAUAAUAGUAAUAUUAUAUCAAACUUAAAAAAAAAACCAAUUGACACCUGUCAAAAUGACAUUGCGUUCGAAGGCAGCUUAAACGUCAUAUUUCGCUGUGUUUCAGAAUGUUUGUAAAGCCCCAAGAGUGCCACUCACUUUGGGAGCUCACGUUUAUCAUCACUUUUACUCUCUUACGCAAACAGUCAAAAGAAAUGUCAGGACUGUCUGGCUGGGCCCCUUCCACCUACUCGGAACGAAAAAACCGUCCCCUUAUACGAAUGUUUACGCUGCACCCCCGCUACACAAUGGGCUCCGGCAACACCCCCAGUCCUGAUAACUGUCAUCUACCCACCCAGCAGGAUUAGUGUGCGUGUGUGUGAGUGUGUGUGUAAGUGUUUUCAUAUUCUUCUUCAAACCGUCCAAGGAUUGGGAUCGCGUGUACAAAUGGCCUACUUUUUCUUGACUGGUCACAGACAGGAAAACUCGAGAACAUAGGACACAGGAGGUAAUGAGCGGGGGGACGUAUUGGUGCGGCCAGGGUAAUGACUUCACGGAGCGGAAGUGGAUAUCAAUUACACGAAAACCGCACACAGAAAGCAAACAGACUUCAUUGCCUACUUUUCCAUUCUAAUUCUAGCACAGAAUAAAGGCUAGCUGAGAGGAUGAGACAUCGAGCAAAAGAGAGAGAGAGAGAGAGAGAGAGAUAGAGAGAGAGAGAGAGAGAGAGAGAGAGAGAGAGAGAAAGAUAGAGAGACAGGGAAAGAGGUUUUCUUUGAGAUAACAUCAUUAUCGAACCACUGUCUAGUAUUGGUUGUGUUGUGCAGGAAUGUAGAACAAUACAAGCCGAGAAAGCAGUACAUAUUUUAGUAGUCAGCCACAGGAACGGUGGGGGGGGGGGAGUGGUCCGCACACCUGAUGACUCAUCGCGCUUAAUGUACACUUCGAGACCGUACCGACACUACGAAAAUAAAUGAAAGUAAAAGCAAACAAAACGCGCUACCACCACCACCACCGUGCCACGGCAUGCCGCCGCCGUGCCGCCAAAAUGGAGGGCAAACACACACCAUGAGUAUUUUAGUCGGUGGGUGUCAUAAUCCAAAGCGGAAUAUGAGCGCACCCUUUAAAAAAACGUCGGCAAUGACUGGGCAGAAAACCAAGACAUGAAAUAUGUAUGGCGCGGUAUAAGAGCAGUGGGCCGCGAUAAGCGCCAUCUGGAAAGUGGAGCAGGGUAGUUCACAAUAUCUCGUUUGAAUGAUGCAAGUUUGCAGUAAAGUUAAGUUAGGCAGACAAAAAUGUCCUUUUGUGCGUUUGAAGAUGUUUGGAGGAGCUUAGGAGGUUUCUGAGCUCGGAUAUUUAUGAGGACCUCUGAGAUAAGGCCCGCAGCAAGGAGGAUUGGAGGAUACCGUGCAUAAAGGAUUAGCUUUAAGAUCAUCUGGGCAUACGAAGGCAAUCAGUCCAAAGCAUACAAAUAAAUUACCAAAAAAUCCGAAAGAAUCACGAAAAACAUGAAAUUCAGAUGGCUCAUGCUGAUUGGGACAUUUGUAUGUAGGGCAUCGUGCUCGUGUGCGUUCGCUUCGGGCAGCUAUAUCGUACGUACAGUCAUCUUGAAGCAUCAAACUGUAAACCACGAUUUCUCCCGAUACUGGUAGCCUUAAGGUGGACUUAUUCUAGAUAAGAUGAUAAGGCACAGGUGGUAUGAAGAUUACGAUAAAGCCCAACGCGUCCAAAAGUUACGUUAUCAGUCGCGAGACCUGUGACACUAAAUAUAUAACCGACCUGCUGGACGGUCCUGCCAUUACUGUAACGUUCAGCAUCUGAUUAGUCUGUGUCUUACACCCUUUGCACGUAAACCUUUGAACCUAGCGGCAGGUGGCAGUGUCUCAGAAUGCUUGUCGUGGUGUUUCUCGUGACGCUAUUGGUGCUAGCGGUGCUGCGUGAGUAUCGCGAUCGCAAGCGGCUGCAGCACAUUGCAUCCCACUUCCAGGGUCCGAAACCGCAUUGGCUGCUCGGAUAUUUGCCAUUGUUCCCGGUCAACGACAUACCGGGCAUCUUCGAGACGAUGGUGAAGCUGCACGACCGCUACGGACAGGAUCUGUUCAACUGGGGCCUCCUAAACGACCACAUGGUCGUCGUAACCAGUGCCGCUAACGUGGAGAAGGUGGUGAUGGCGAAGAAGACGCAAAAAUCACAGAUUUACGAGUUCAUCGAGCCGUGGCUGGGACAGGGUCUGCUCAUCUCAAGCGGCGAGAAGUGGUUCCAUCGGCGAAAAAUAAUCACGCCCACCUUUCACUUCAAGAUACUGGAAAGCUUCGUGACCGUGUUCAACCGCGAGGCGGAGUUGCUGAUAGAGAAGCUGGGACAGAACGCGGACGCGGGCCGUGAGUUUGACAUCUACGAGCCGAUCUCGCUGUACGCGCUGGACAGCAUAUGCGAGACGUCCAUGGGUGUGGAGAUUAAUGCGCAGCAUAAUCCCGAAAACCAGUACGUGCGGGACGUCAAGCGGAUGAGCGAGCUGGUGCUGCUGCGCAUCUUUCACGUGCUGUCAGCGUUUCCACGCACCUUCUGGUACACGAUGCCGAACGCUUGGGAACAGCGGAAGCUGAUUGGACGGCUGCACGCAUUCACGGACUCGGUGAUUCAAAGCCGUCGGCGACAGCUGCUGGCUGCGGUGGAGCAAGGAAAAGUCGGAAAUCAAGAAACACACGCGGAUGAUCUGUACGGUGCAAAGCAACGUUCCAGCUUUUUGGACCUGCUGCUGAACGUCACAGUCGGUGGAAAGCCAUUGUCUGAUGCGGAUAUUCGGGAGGAGGUGGAUACCUUCAUGUUCGAGGGUCAUGACACGACCACUUCGGGCAUUGCGUUUACCUUCUAUCAACUUGCUAAGCAUCCUGAAAUACAGGAGAAGCUACACCAGGAGCUUCAAGAUGUGCUCGGAGUAGAUUAUCGCCACGUACCGUUGACCUAUAAUACACUCCAGAACUUCCCGUACCUGGACAUGGUAGUGAAGGAGUCGCUGCGACUUCUACCACCCGUUUCGUUCAUUGGACGUCGGUUAGUGGAAGAUAUCCAGAUGAACGGUGUAACUAUUCCAGCCGGCACUGACUUUACCAUCCCCAUCUACGUGAUCCAUCGUAAUCCUGCAGUUUUCCCGGACCCGGAACGCUUUGAUCCGGAGCGUUUUUCAGACGCCAAUCAGCACCCUCCCGGACCGUACGACUACAUCCCGUUCAGUGCUGGGUCACGGAACUGCAUCGGACAGCGCUAUGCGCUGCUGGAGAUGAAAGUCACCGUCAUAAAGAUGUUGGCACAUUUCCGCGUCUUGCCCGGUGAACAGAUGCCCCAGGUGCGCUUCAAGACAGAUCUAGUGUUGCGCCCGGAUAAGGGUAUUCCUAUCAAACUUGUGCGCAGAAAAUUCGAUUCAAUAAAAUAAUGCUCAAGCAUG